AUGUACGAGACGAUUCCAUUGAAGCAGUUGCACAUUGACAGUUCGACUGUCGCGCUCGACGAUGUCCACCGUGUGCUCCACAAAGCGAAGCAGGCACGGUAACUGGGGCGUAAAUGAGCCUAUAGGGAGAGUGGAGUUGUGAGGCACCUACCACACUCUCCUCCAUCGCCUGGGCCCGGCAUCAAGACGGAGUCAAGAAGACCGGAGGUGAGGGAGGGCACAGGUGACUGGCACAGUCGGAUCCGCACUUAGGCGUGUCACCGCACCCCCUGGUCCACAACAUACAUUUGACCAGGGUUUUUCACCAACAACAACGCCAGAGGGAGGAGGAUGAUUGGACAGCCAUGCUCACAACCUGUAUACCCAGCGGGAGCGCAAGCGCAUCUACUGACAGGAAGCCAGGUGCCAGGACACACCAGGCUGUGGGGACCAUAGUUUGCUGAUCAGGGCAGCAGAUGCUGACAUGCCUUGGAGUUGCUCCUUGCAUAAGCAAUGACUUUUUCGUAGGCAAAUGGAAAAGUUCUCGCCGGGGAAACCUGUAUCGGUUGAGAUUCUGAGGCCGCACCGAUCUUACUACUGUAGUCGCACAUAUAUGACAAGAGUUGGGUCAAGUUGUCCUGCGCAGCUGGGCGUACAGGACAGUCCGGUUCUUUUGCACAGCGAGGCCCAUCACUGCCUGACACAUUGACUCCAUUUUAAUGGAACGAGCUUGCGCAGCGUCUGCCUCGCACGCUCUCCAAAGGUUUCCCGUGUUCCGAUAGAAGGGAGUUUGGGUGGGUGGAAAUUGGCGUAGACGCAGCCGGACUACACGUGACACACACCGGCUGAUCCGUAACAGCAAACAUGCCAUUCUCCAUUGAGGGAUUCCAGACCUCAUACAGCCGUAGGUGCCAUAGGGACUACAUUACGACGGCGCCAUUUGAGUCUAACUCUCAGUUCUGCGCGGUGCACAUCUGACUUGCAAGUUGACAGCUGUUAAUGCCUCGUCUGUUAGCAUGUCUGAUAGGACGUUCUGUUGCCUAUCGUAAGUAAAAUAAGUUUUAUAUGGGAGCUGCGUUGACCUCUUCUACCUGCCUGGGGCCAAUGACGGCUCGUCCAUUUCGCUGUGCUGCUGAUUCCAGUGGGCGAUUAGAUUGGAUAAGACAUGUUGCACUCCACUUCUCUCUAUCCGGAGAUGAAGAUAUUGUUUAUAUUUAUAGGUUUGAAAGGUAUUAUUUUAAGGUUAGCAACACUAAGGAUGACGUACAGCGUGCAGCAAACAAGCGCAAAAUACCAAAACCCGGCUUAGUGAUGAUUUACAAAGUUAAGGCUCCCAUAGUCGGGGUUGAGUACAUAUAUGCUAACUAUCCCAUUUCAGACCAAUUUGCUUGCUUGUCAUUUAUUUGUUUAUGUCCAUACCACUAGCUUUAGGAGAGCACGGUUACAUGUACAUAGUGACUAAAGAAACCGAGAUCUGAUUUCGGCGUCGAGGUCCCAAAACGGAAUAAUAGAGACGGAUAACCAAAUGGCAGCAUCAAUCUUCUCCAGCUCCUUUCGGUCGGUAUUCACUCAUGAAACAAAUUCCCCCCCUAUCCCUUACCCAAAGUAAUAACAAAAUCCUCCGUCGUUUGCAUCAGAAGACAGUUGUCACUUCUCACCGAAGUACGCCGAUUGAAGCCUGCAAAAUAACUUUGUCCAGAUAGAAUUCAUCCACUUGCCCUUUGAGAACUGACUGACACACUGUGUGAGCCGAUGUCCAUGAUAUUUCAAAAGUCCAUGGAAGAAGGUAAACUGCCGGAGGAGUGUAAAUCUGCAUUUAUUUCUCCAAUCUGCAAAGGAGGGUGCAGACUAGAGCCCGAAAAUUACCGUCCUAUUAGCUUAACCUGCAUUUUGUGCAAGGCCACGGAGCGAUUUAUUGAGGGACAUUUAAUGACGUAUCUAGAGCGGAGGAAAAUAAUAGGUACUGUUUAGCACAGAUUUCAUCGCGGUCACUCAUGUCUUACGAGCAGUCUUUACUCGCAAGGCAAAUGGACAAAAACCACAGACUACGGCCGUCUAUUGGAUGUCAUCUUCUCCGACUUCAGAAAGGCGUUUGAUAGAGUUCCUCAUGGACGACUCCUACAGAAGAUUUGGGAGUGUGGAGUACAGGGCAACAUUUUUGAUCAGAUUGAAUGUUUCCUGUCAUGAAGGCUCCAAAGAGUAAUUGUCGGUACCACUGCAUCCGCAAGGGUGCCAGUAGAAAUCGGCGUUCCGCAGGCUUUGGUCUUGGGUCCUCCUCUUCCUCAUCUACAUAAACGGCUGUAAUGCAGAUGUUGGAUGCGAUUCCAUCAUGUUUGUAGAUGACAAAAAGAUUGGGAAAACAAGCAGCUCUGUUGAAAACGCACAGAAAUUACAAGAAGAGGUUUUUAAAUUGGCUGCAUGUUCCAGAAAGUGACUUUUAGCGUUUAAUGUGUCCAAAUAUGUAGUCGUGCGCUGGGGAUCUGGUCAGAGGGUUUCCCAAAACACUAGCAUAACAUACGUGAGGUUCCACUAAAAGAAAUGGACACACACACAAAGACCUAGGUGUCUGGACAAGUUCAAACUCGUCCUCCAGGCACUGCAAAAGAGCCGUUCAAAAGGCAACCAGCAUCAUGCGCUGUAUUAGGAGUGCUUUCAUGGGCUUUCCUUCCAAACUGUUCGCGCAGAUACUUCCUACGUUCAUCAGACCGCAUUUGGAAUAGGGAAUGCCAGCAUGGAUGCCCUAGAUGAAGAAAGACGGUGAUGCCAUCGAACAAGUGCAACGACGGACGACAAAACUGGUGGACGGUCUUAGGACUCUGUCAUAGCCGGAAAGACUGAUCCAGCUUUAUUAGUUUCCAUUUUCCCCUUUAUUUGUUCCCCUUUUUCCCCUGUUGUGGAGAUUCCGCAUUAUCCACGGACAUGAAUGUUCGCUCAGAUCUGAAGAUUUCUUUGAGUUCACAAACGUGAGUCACCUGCGCGGUCAUCGGUACAAGGUUAAACGGUUGCGUACCCUGAUGACCUUCAAGUGGUCUUGAGUUGAGGUUUGAGAACGAGUCCAUAACGUGAUCACCUCAGGUUUCGCAUUUGGAGAUAUUUGCGUGGUCGCAGUAAACAGUGAAACUCCAGCUUGCUGAUUGCUUCUGCUACCUUAUGGCGAUCAUCCUGCCAAACGGACACGACAAAAGUUCAACCAGUUCAACCGGUUUAACCAGACGUUCACGGUCUUCGUCCGGUUGUGAUGGAAUUUCUGGAAUUGGCUGGAGAUCUGCCAGAAGACCAAAUUGGGCGUCCGUCAUGGGGUUCCCCCCGCACGGUUAUGGAAGUUCGCCACUGUGCCAUUAAAAUAUCUCCGCAAGGGAGUAUUUGAGAAGUUUUGCCUACUCUCCAAUCCCGUCCCAAAGGAUGACUCAGGUCGGCCGGGGACAGCCCAUCAACGACACCCUCUUAACUCACCGAUUGGGAUAGCUUGCCGUUCUGAAAUCUAAAUUGUCUGGGAUGUAAUCUAGUCCGGCGCCUGCCGUGACCAACUGAAGACGCGUGUGCAGGUGGGGAACACUGACCUCCUGCGUUACUCUAGUCCUCCAAUCUGUGGGACUGGGCGAUCAAACGAUCGACUACUUUCAAGGAAAGGCGACUAUCCCUGUCGCUGAGGACGUCUAGGAUUGAGCCGUCUAAAGAUACUUGUCGUCAGAAGUGUAGGUUGUUAAAAAACAGGAUUUAUGCGUCAGGGAGUUAGGUAGAUGACCUCCCCACUAACUUUUACUAGUAAACCCGCUCAAGACAGUGCGGGCGAAUUAUUUUUAGGUGACGAUGACUUACAGUGCUAUAGGACAUACAGUCGUCGCAAAUUAGUAGGCCCUGUUUUGAAUUAUUGCGACAAAUGUCCCAGGCUUUCUUUUUCAUGUAGACUUAAAGACAUAGGAGGAAAAAAACCACUUGAUCGAGCGGCGAUCUACUACAGAGUGUUUGGUUAGUGUUGGUCGGUUUUGAGUCAAACUUCUCGUUAUAACUGGUAUUCCUACGGAGCCAGACUGUUAUCUCGGCUAUCUGUUUGUUAACCAUCCCUGUCGCUGUCUGUUUUAUUAGUAACUACGUUCACAGUUCAUGAACGCACACCUCUCUUCACGUCCACGUAAUCUCCACCUGGCCCUUUUCAUUGGCAUUAUAGUAAUGAGUAAUUGUUUGAGAUCCCAUCAACUACAUACAAACUUGUUGUCCUUCAAAUUUUAGGCCAAUAAAGUGAUUCGCAAGCUGAAAAAGCGAGCUAUCGCCACUCUCAAUGGUUCCUCCUCUCCCAACCUCAGUUUCUACAAGAAGGACGAUGAAGCUGAUGUACCAUCGUCUGAACUGAAGAAGAAAAAGAAGAAGAAGAAACACCUCACGGAACAGGCGUCAUUAGAGGCACCCGCACCCGAACCCGAGGAUGAGUCCGGAAAUGCAGUGGAUAGCAAGGAGGAGAAGAAGAAGAAAAAGAAGCAGAAGCGAAAGCACAGUCUGUCCGAGUCCGCGGCUGCUGAAGAUGCCCCUACAUCGGCCAAAAAAUUGAAGUUUGAGAGCUCGGCCGCCGCUGAAGACGAUAGUGCGCUGACGACACCAAAGAAAAAGAAGAAGAAGAGGUCGGCGGCGGCGGCAAUUGCGUCGGCGCCUGUUGAACUUGACGAGGACUAG